CUAUAUGAGGGCUCUGCUGCGCAUGCGCACUGCUCAGUGUUGUCAGCGCGUCCUCAGUCGGGUCUCUCAGGCUCGUGUGGGUCCUGUAGGUGCUGGUGAUCCUGGACAGAUGAAGCCUGUGUUUGAGCAGGACGUGUGUGUGCCGGUCAGCAGCCGAUCCGGUCUCUAAUGAUGCAGAGUGAGGACCGCAAGAGAAAGAAACACAGUGUGAACCCCAGAAGCGUGUCAGACGAGUACAGUCUGCGUGAGCGAGUGAAAGACGAAGCCACAAGGAUGAAGAAUAAAGUCUCUACUUCCCAAGCGGUCAGCGGUAAGAAGAAGCCGUGGUCGUGGGAUCAGUAUCUGGAGGACGAGCGAUCUCAAGCCGCUCCUCUGCAGCUCUUCACCGAGUUCCAGGUGUUUCCUGACAGCAGGAAUGGUUUUAAGGUGGGGAUGAGGCUGGAGGGCAUCGACCCGCUGCAUCCGUCCAUGUUCUGUGUGCUGUCCGUGGCCGAGGUGAUCGGCUUCCGUCUGCGGCUCCACAUCGAUGGUUACUCCGAGUGCUAUGACUUCUGGGUAAACGCUGACUCUCCGGACAUCAGACCGGCAGGAUGGAGCGAGGCGACGGGACACAAACUCCAUCCACCCAAAGGGUACAAGCCGAACGAGUUUAACUGGGAGAAGUAUCUGGAGGCCUGUAACGCUCAAGCAGCACCGGAGAACCUCUUCAGAUCCUCGAGCGGCGAGUCGAGCGGCUCGCUGUUUGAGGUGGGCAUGAAGCUGGAGGCGGUGGACCGUAAGAACCCGUGUCUGGUGUGUGUGGCCAGCAUCGCCGACAUCGUGGACCAGCGCUUCCUAGUGCACUUCGACAACUGGGACGACACCUACGACUACUGGUGUGACGCCAGCAGUCCCUACAUUCACCCGGUGGGCUGGUGUCAGGAUAACGGCCGGCCGCUCACGGCUCCUCAGGGACACCCGAACCCAGAGCACUUCGUCUGGGAGGAUUACAUGGAGGACACAGGGGCGUCUGCGGCACCCAGCCAGGCCUUCAGUGUGAGAUCUCCACACGGCUUCCAGACGCACAUGAAGCUGGAGGCGGUGGACAGAAGGAACCCCAUGCUGAUCCGCGUGGCCACCAUCACCGACACCGAAGACCACAGAGUCAAAGUGCAUUUUGACGGCUGGCAUGAGAAGUUUGAUUUCUGGGUGGAUUCGGACCUGCCGGACCUUCAUCCCGUGGGCUGGUGCUCCAGGACGGGUCACCCGCUCGAACCGCCGCCCCUCACUCAUGCAGGGCUUUCAGACACGAAGAGCUCCGUGACGCAGGGGGUGUGUCCAACCCCGGGCUGCAGGGGCGUCGGCCACAUCAAGGGAGCAAAAUACACUGGACACCACAGUGCCUUCGGUUGCCCGUAUUCUGACAUGAACAUGAAGAAGGAGGUGGUGCUUCCCGACCGGCUCGGAGGAGAGAAGCAGAUCACAUUCGUCCCGGUGCACUUUGUGCAGAAGACCAAGCGCCUGAGUCCAGACGAGGAAGAGGAGGAGGAAGAUGGGAAGGAGGAGAUCAGCCAUGUGGACAACAGGGAGUGUGACGGCGCUCCUCGUCCGCGCGGACGGCCUGCGAUGAUGAAGAGAGAGAUGAAGGACGAGUGUGUGACGACGGGACAGAAGAGAGGACGCUUCCCCAGCAGACUCUCUCAGUCCACUAAAUAUCUGCGUAUCAAGGACGAGGAGGACGACGUGGAUGUGAACAGUGUUAUUUCAGAGCGUAGCGUGGACAGUCUCCAGCAGGCGCUGCAUCAGUCCGUCUUCCUCUCAGCGAUGUCUGCUCACCCGAGCCGUGAUCUGCCGCUGUGUUGGGAGCAGCACUGUAAGCUUCUGCCCGGUGUGUCCGGCGUUCAGGCCAGUCGUGUGUCUCACUGGACCGUCGAGGAGGUGGCUGAUUUCAUCCAUUCUUUACCCGGCUGUGAGGAACAGGCCAAGCAGUUCAGAGAAGAGCAAAUCGACGGCAAGGCCUUUCUCCUGUUGACGCAGCGAGACAUCGUGAAGAUAAUGAGUGUGAAGCUCGGCCCGGCGCUCAAGAUCUACAACUCCAUCCUGAUGUUCAAACACGCCGAGGAUAAAACCGAGGCGGACUCGUGAAUGUGCACACGUGAAACACAGAUGAAUCUACUGUAUCGAUGCAUUCCGACACCUCUCGUGCCCCGUCAGCGCUAAACUCCGUCUCCAUCAGGUUCCCGUUCUGCCUUUAAACCUUCCGACUCCCUUUCCUUCUGUAACUCAACGACGUGACAAUCAAACGCGGCUCACAGCGUCUCAAUCAGGGCUUUCUCUCGCUCACGGUGCUAUUUGAAUUCAAACAAGGUACAGGUGAACAACAACAACUACAGGAUUUGCUAGUGCGUGUGUGUGUGUGUGUGUGUGUGUGAGGCUUUAAAUGAGCAGUUCAUCUGCUAAUGAAUGUUCUGUUAUCGUUUACUCACUCUUUCACAAAAGAACAUCCUGCUGUUUUGAGAUGAAUGGAGGUUCGGCCGAAUGACGCAAACAGCUGCGUAUCGUACAGUGAUGCGUACGGCUUUAAAUAUUCAAAUUAGGACUGACGUCUCAUUGGCUGACAGUUGAGUUCUGUUGCUAUCAGUGAUUUUUGUAAUCUGCUUGAGAGGAUUGGAAGAUCAUCAGCCAGUAAUGGCCUCAAUAUCUAUAAACUCUUCGUAUGAGUUCAGAUAAAAUAAAAGUUUUUUUAACUCUUCAUUAUAUGGAAAAGAACAGAAGAUGUUCUUCUGAAAGAAGGUCUCACAGCUCUGAGUAAAUGAUGUCAGGACGCUCAUUAGUGUCUGAACUCUUCUUUAAUUCCCGUUCUGUUACUUCCUCUAGUUUUACUCGACUCUGUACAGUUGUGUUUGAUUUCGCCGGACCUGCUGAUUCACCAUCAAUAUUUAUUCUGCUGAAUCACCAGGCGUUUGCACAGGGAAGAUUCAUAAUGAUAUAUUAUAAUUGAUCGAUUUCAGAUGCCAAAAGGAUUUGUUUUAAAUUGAAGAGUUUAUUUUUUUGUGACGUAUCGCGCAGAGCCCAGAUUUAGACGAAUCCCUGUUUAUGUUUAAUCAGAUAUUAUGAAAUAGUUUAUUGGAGCGUGAAUGGCUCAGUGAGAAUGUGGGGAUUUUCUGAUGAUUAUUUAAAGACUUGCUAUGAUGCACAAAGCAAACCGUAUAAAUAUAUAUAUAUAUAUUUGCUAUGAAUUUUGACAUGGGUGUGAUUUCCAAGCCGAAUCCGUCUCGUUUAAACGUGUUUAUUUAAUUUAGCCAAAUGUACAUCCGUCAUGUGUUCGUUUUAGUUCUUUCGUCUCGAUCAGGUGUGUUUCAUGGCAUUGCUGUAUUAGUUCAGUCCGUUCACUCAGAUAUUAUGAUUGAUUUAUUAAUCAGACACUCUACAUAUUUAUAAACUCUCUUUCUUAAACUCGCUCACACUUUGUACAACAGAUUUAAUUCAGUCUCAUCAGCACCCUAAUAAACCAUGCAAACCUCCUCUGAA